GUCAACGCUACCAAGUGUGAUUUAUUACCAUCAAGUGGAAAAUCUUUAGCUUUUGUUGAUUUUGUAAAAGAAAAAGUUUCAAUUCGGGUACUGUGAAUUGCCUCUACUUUGUUCUUGUUCUGAUGUCUUAGUUUGUUGAUCAAAAUUCCAUUCGGUUUGUGGAAAAACAAAACAAAACAUAGAAGGUUGAAAUUGUUGACCAAGUCUCGAAAAACAAAGUCAGAAUGGGGUUUGGUUUCAGUUUUUGUCUUCUGUUACCAAACAUCAGUUUACUUUUAUGUUGUGAACUUGUUGGUUAGACUGUUGAGACAGCUUCAUAGAUCAAAACUUUAGGUUGAGAACUAGACUUGGCAGUCAACAUGUACCUUCUUAGAAGACAAACCCAGAAUCAGCCGGAUGAUUCCUUAUUUCGAGAAGCAAAGGUCACUGAACUCAGGGCUGCUCUUGGGCCCUUGUCCGGGCGUCGUUUGAAAUAUUGCACAGAUGGAUGUCUGAGGAGAUAUUUAGAAGCACGAAACUGGAAUGUUGAUAAAGCCAAGAAAAUGCUGGAGGAAACAUUGAAGUGGAGGUCAACUUAUAAGCCUGAGGAAAUCCGUUGGGAUGAAGUAGCACACGAGGGUGAGACAGGCAAGGUCUCCAGAGCAAACUUUCAUGAUCGACUUGGGAGGCCGGUGCUUAUAUUGAGGCCAGGGAUGCAGAACACAACGUCUGCGGAAGAUAAUAUUAAGCAUUUCGUGUACCUAUUGGAAAAUGGCAUCCUUAAUCUUUCCGAAGGUCAGGAGCAAAUGUCUUGGUUGAUAGAUUUCACAGGAUUUGCAAUGAGCACAAAUCUCUCCAUCAAAACAGCCCGCGAUAUUAUUCACAUUUUACAAAAUCACUAUCCAGAGAGGCUUGCUAUCGCUUUUUUGUAUAAUCCUCCAAGGAUAUUCCAAGCUUUCUGGAAGGCUGUCAAAUACUUCCUGGACCCAAAAACAGCUCAAAAGGUGAAGUUUGUUUAUCCAAAUAACAAGGAAAGUUUGGAACUGAUGAAAUCGCUCUUCGAUGUUGAUAACCUUCCAAGUGAAUUUGGGGGGAAAGCUACUCUAAAAUAUGACCAUGAAGAAUUCUCCCGAAUGAUGGUUGAUGAUGACCUAAAAACGGCUAAGUACUGGGGCAUUGGCAACGAGAAACCGUCAUUCCACCCCAAGGGUGGGCUGUCCGGGGCAGAGGUGGCACCAGAGCCCGUACCCGUUGAGCCACUUGCUAUUUGAGUCAGCUGUUUUGAUUUUUUUUAUUUCCUUUUAGUAUAAGUAAAAUAAUGUAUUUUUGGUUAUAAAUAACUUAAAGACUACACAUCCAAGUCAGAAAAGAGGCAACAAUCUGGUUGCUAAUUUAACGUGACAGAUAUACUAUGAUGGAAGCCAUUAGAAUUGGUCUAGUGGUGUGAGGGAUUGGGAUAGUAGUAUUUUGAGGGUCUAGUUGCUAAUUUCAUCUCCAUCGUGUAACCAAAAGGAAAGAUAUACGACGACUGGAAAAAAAAAAUGGAUGAACAAACUAUUUUUAUUUAUAGAUGGACAAACUAUUUAACAUCAAAUUAACAUUCUUGUUUCUUUA